AAUAAUUCAGUUAUUUUACAUUAUUUUCCAAGUUGACGCAAAGGGGCGUGGUUACGUGAUGACGUGAGGACGAGCCGGGAAAAUCAAAAACCUCCGCAGCUAGAAGCUAAUGUUUACAUCUGAGUGCAGUCUUUAUUCAACCUUAAACUGACCGAAAAAUAAAGGGAAACACCUGCAGGACAUGGAGGGAGCUUCUACUAAAGAUGUCCUGAGUCACCUGAGUCUGCUGGAGGUUCAGAUGAGGAGCCAGAAAAUUCAGAGUCAGCAGCCGAGUCGACUGAAGGAGCUGCAGGAGAAAGCUGCUGCUCUGAGGAGACAGAGAGAGCAGCUGAAGGUGGAGAUCCAGAUGCACAGGGAUCUCCAGAAACUGAUUGCGUCUCUGGACAAACAGCGUGGUGAAGAUGAAGAAGAAAUGGAGGAAGACUCUGAGAACUCAGAUCUUCUGCGACUGAUGGCUCGACACACAGAGCUGAAGGACUUGCUGCUCGCUCAUCACACCAUUGGCGGGUACGACAUCAUGAAGACUCUUCGGGGUAAGGGAGUGUGUGUGACGGUGGCGACUGCGUAUGAGGGCGUCUAUCUGGAGAGGUUCAGUCUGGAGUUUGAUGUGAAGCCGGCGGUGAGGCUCGUCCGCCACGACGUCCCGCCCUUCAUCCCGCUGACCCUCCUCAUCGAGCAGAGCUGCAUUCAGACCGACCUCCGGACCCUGCUGGACCCCCUCAGCCGACACCUCAACGCCUACACAGGGAGGAAGCAGCAGCUGCAGCUCGUCAAGCAGCUGCAUGACUCCGUGGAGGUGAUGGAGAGCAACGUUCUGUGUUCGUUACUCGUCCUGUUGUUCAAGCUUCCUGCGGAGAACACGGCCUUCCUCUGCUCGCUCGAUUACUCCGAUGCCUGCAGGAGCCUCCCCACGCGGGUCUCCUUCCAGUGUCACGACAAAGAGCUUCCUGAUUCUGCGGAGUGGAUGAAGAUCCGCAGCCUCCUCCUGGAGACUCCGGUGCACAAAGCUCUGACUGCCAUGAGGAAGAUGGGAAAUAUCCUGUAGCUUAUUCAGAAAAAGAAUGAAGCUUUUCUACAUUUAAGUCACAGAGGCUAAGUGAUGUACUGCUGUGGACGUUCUGCAGUCUCAUAAAACACCUUAUAUCAGUUUGUAUUUCAGCUUUAUUCAGAAUGCUUCCCCCUCUUCAGCGUGCUGUCAGACGGCUCUUUCUGAUGCUGUCUUCAGAGAUACCAAAAAUGUCUCAUCUUUAUUCUGCUUUGUUAAAUUAUGUUUGAGUUUCUAACCCUCAUCCAACCCUUUAAGUAAUCAUACGACACCUCUUGAAUUAUAAACGUAUUAUUAUAUAAAGUAUGUGUUUACGAUGUUUACAAUAAAAACCUGCAAACCGUU